UUCAUUGCUCGUCCUGCUCACGUGCCUCCAAGUGUUGGAGACCGGUUGUAUCGGACAGGAGACUGGGGCUAUCUGCUCAGUGACGGCAGCCUGGAAGUCUGUGGUCGAUGUGACACUAUGGUCAAGAUCAGAGGAUAUACUGUAGAGCUCGAGGCAGUGAAAACAAAUCUGAUGGACUUGCCUGGCAUAUUGUCUGCCUGUAUUCAGGCUUUUGGGCCUGAAGGAGAGGACAAAACAUUGGUAGCUUUUGUUACACCUCAGGAAAAUGUAACACUUUCAAAUCGGGAGCUGCGAUUACAACUGAAGAAAAGAUUGCCAUUUUAUAUGAUUCCUUCUAGAUUUAUUAUAAUUGACAGUAUACCAGUGGUAGAAGCAACAGGCAAACUAGACCAGAAAGCUUUGCUUGCUGUUUACUCCAAGUUAAAGGAACAAGCUGGCAUGCUAGAAGUGAGUAAAGUGGUUGACGGUCAUGAGCAACCCAUUACACCCACAGAACUCAAGAUUGCACAGAUAUGGAGUGAACUUCUCAACCUCUACGUCUUGGACACCGAUGAGAGUUACUUUGAUGUUGGAGGGUACGAACAUUUAUUCUUAUCCAGAUAA